GGCCUCUCGAAUUCAAGUGCUCGAGUUACUUCGAUGUUCUCAAUUUUUAUCUCCGACGAAAGGUCGCAUCCCUUCAGGAAAAUCCGCCGCGUUGGCCAGCGCUCAACACAACCACGCUUACUUGACGUCUGCGGUCACCUGCCAACAGCUCAUUAACGGAUAGUUUCCCGAACAGCGAUAAGCCUGACAGUACUCAGUCAGACUUAAAUCAGCAGUCGAAAUCGAAAACCGUCGUGAAUCGACACGACCUAAAUGAGCUAAGAAACACCUACGCGUGUCGGGAAGUGGUCCUGAGACCGCGCCUGAGUACGCGGACCAAGAUUGGCGCAUUUACCGUUAUAAUUUAUUUUUAACCGCGACCCAAGCCGUGGUCAGCGUGUAUUUUUCUGAUGUACGUUCCGUAUCUACUGCGGAACACCAAAACGUUUAUUGCAGUACUUAGUUAAGCCUCCACACGAGUGCGCGUGUAUGUUCCAGUUUUUGCUGCCGAGUAUUUUAUGAAAACGCGAAGAUGUUACUGCUAGUCAUUGAGACGUAUACAGGGCAGUUUACAAGAAAAUACUUCGUCUGACUCUUCAGUGCGCCAUUGUGCGAUUCAAGUGAACGAUCUGUGGGCAAGAUCGAAGCUGAAAUUGUAAAAAUUCGAAAUGGUUCGAUGUUAAGAUGAUUUUUGCACGUAAUAAUUUUGCUUAUAAAAAACUUUCUUCAGCCAUCACUUGUAGUAAGUAGUAUACAUCUUUUUUUUCGGAAACCUUUGGGAUCUUGUAAGCAAACUAUAAAAUUCUUGUGACAGCCAUACGAAUGUAUAAUCGUGCAGCUCGAUGCCAUCCUCUGCAAGAAGCGAACAAACGGAAUCCCAUCCUCAGGAAGAUAUGAAGGUUCGGCCAAGACCGAAAAAGUUUAUACGGAAUCCCAAACGAGUGAUACGUAAUUAUGCAUCGACGGCCGGUGGAUAUGGUCCAAAACGAGCUUCUGUGGCAGCGCAUUUGGUACGUCGAAAUCGACAACUGGAGAGCGACGUCGAGUUCGAUGAUGAAUUACGUCAUAGAAAAACAGUGGAAAUCGAUUUGCCACUUCUGCAAGCUUGUCGCGCUCAUGACGAAGUAAGCGACAAAAUUGGAUCUCGUGAUAAGGCCUUCGGUGACUCCAUCGAGAGCCGAGCGCUCAAACAACCUCACUCAUCGGUUAAUCAGGACAGUACACAUUUCGAGACUGUCUCACAGGACCCAAAUCUCGUAGGCACACUUCGCAGGUUCUUUUUCGCCAACGGAGGUGUUAACGAUAGUAUGCAUUGGUAUCAUAGCAUGGAGCAAAGCGACGAGGUGGACAUGUGGCACCGAGGAAAAUCGUUAGCUGAGGAGUCUAAACCGCAUUUUCGGUUUAUGAUCCAUCCGGAAAGUGCGCUUAGGGUAAACUGGGACAUAUUUAUGCUGUUCGUGCUUAUCCUGAACAUGAUUGUAAUUCCACUGGAUGUAGCAUUCUUUUCUAUAUCGAGAGAACCAUCUUUGAUGGCCCUAAGCAUCUUCAGCGAUAUCGUCUACGGGGUUGAUCUCGUAUUCAAUUUCCGCACAGGCGUGAAAAUAUCGAAAGACCCGCUUCAAUUCAGCUUGGACCCUUGGGUAGUAUCUAAACGCUACUUUCAACGUUGGUUUCUCGUGGACCUCAUCUCAGCGAUCCCGUUUGAUCUUGUGUCUUUAACCAUAGUCCCGAAUCAAGGGAAAGACUUCCAGCCAACUCUUCGACUUAUUCAUUUGCUUAAGCUGAUUAACCUGUUUAAGCUGUUACGGUUUUCUCGAUUAAUCGGCUACUGGUACGGGCUACAGGAGAACUACUUCCUGCACUCGUCAGGCGUGUAUCUACGUAUCUGUAAUAUCGGCCUCAUGAUGCUUUGUGUCGUCCAUUGGAAUGCCUGUUUACAAUUUCUUGUCUGCGUGAUUCUUGAUUUUCCGGAGAAGUCCUGGGUGAUAAAACAUAACCUCCGAGGCGCUGCAUGGUACGAACAAUACAUCUGGGCAAUGUUUAACGCGUCCUCACAGAUGCUCUGCAUUGGCUAUGGACAGUUCAAUCCCGAAAUUGUCUCGGACAUGACUCUUACGAUGAUGGGGAUGAUUGGCGGAGCAACUUGUUACGCUCUUCUGCUUGGAAACAUUGCGUCGUUAAUACAGAACCUCGACUUUUCCACGCGACUUCGCAUGGAACAGAUGCGCGAGGUGGAGGACUAUAUGGCGUAUAGAUCGCUGCCUGAAAGCAUGCGGCAGAAGAUUCGAGAUUAUUUUGACAGGAGGUACCGAGGAAAAGUUUUUGAUGAGGAGCGUAUUCUUAACGUGCUCUCUGAACCACUUCGAGAGAUGGUGAUGCGGCAAAAUUGUCUCGAGGCUCUUCGCUCAGUGCCGCUAUUUGGUUGUUCGACGGUUAUCGAUGACGCGUUCAUUAGCGACCUCGUCACGCAUCUGAAAUAUGAGUUCUUCCAACCUUCGGAUCUGAUCAUCAAGAAGGGUAGCAUUGGUUACAAAAUGUACUUCUUGCAAAGUGGAAGAGUCCACAUUCUUACUGACAAAGGUCCUCUAUGGCUGCGUGAUGGCGCUUAUUUUGGAGAGAUGUGUCUUCUUGUACAGUGCGAACGCAGGGUAUCGGUGAAGGCAGAGACGUACUGUGCAGCCUUCAGUCUCUCAGUAGACAGCUUCCACGAGGUGCUCGAAAAACAUCCGAACAUCAGGGCCGCCAUACAUGCGCUAGUUGAGGAAAGCUUUGGUCAUAAACCGACCAGACUUAAGUAACUUAUUAACGAGACGGCAGUCCUCAUUAUGCCUUCAUGCUGUCAACAACUCCUAACCAGUAUUGACUUUUGCCAAACACGUCCAUUGUAACACAAACAAAUUUUACCUAGUGUCUAGAACAUUCUCUGUUUGUUUUACAAGAAAUGGUGUUGUAUACUACUAUGAAUAUCGAUGGCGUCAUUUGCUCGAAGAAGAGGUUUAUUCAUUUUUAUACGUUUUCUCUCACGGAGUGCACAUAAAUAAGGAUUAAAAUUGUUACCAUUAAUAUAUGGGCUGUUUUGUAAUGCAAAUAAAGGAAUUUAC